GUGAAUGAUUAAUAAGACUGAAGACUAUCUGGUAUACUCUCUACUUGUCGUGCUCAAUUCAGAGAAAUGCAUGUGUAUAUAUGAUCAUGGCACAUAAAAUGAUUCAAGUGGCCCUGUGCACAACCCUGCUCAUAGGUGUGAUGGGAGCUCCAUUUUUGUCAGAUGAUUCGGCAAAUCAAUUUCUACGACUAAAAAGACAAAUAUAUCCACAGGAUUACUGGUACCCAAAUCACAGUCAGAAUGGAUGGGGAUAUACUCUGGCUGAACAGGCUAGUGAAUUAUGGACUGCUGUGAGAACAACAGCCCAGUAUUACAUGGACCUGGGGUCUUUUGCCUUUGAUCCGUCAACUGCCCAGGACCACAUUAAGUCUUACACGGAUAUGUUGCAGCAAUCUGGAACCCAUCUUCAGUGGGAAGGGAACAAACACGACUGAGAAUUUAGAAGAAGCACCAACCGUGAAGUCCACACGUCCCACGACUUUUCAGAUAUUGCACUGUCAGUUACCUACCAUCUCUAUACUUCAUAUUCCAUCCCUUAGAUGAUUCUUGAAUGCUGAAUUUUGAGAAAGUGUAUAAUUUAUUAUGUUGUCUAUUAUUAGCCAUCUGUGGCUGUAAAACACAUGAGGAAAAGAUCGUAGGAUCAUAGAUUUGAGGUGGAAAGGACCUCGGAAGCCAUCAAAUCCAACCUGCCUCAUUUAAAGGGAGGUACAGGGAAGUGAAAUGACUUGCCCAGGGUCACACAACUAGGGAGUGGGUGAGACAAAAUUUGAACCCAGGUCUUCCUGACUGCAGUUCCACCACUUUAUCCACUAUGCCCAAUAAUUUUCAUAAGGGCUAUGAGGAAGAGGGGCAGAAGAAUUAGAGAAGGUUUCAUCCAAGUGAUGGCAUCUGAGUUGGCCCUUGGAAGAAUUCCAAUAGGUGGACAUGAGGGAGAAAGAGAGGGAAGUUCAUUCCAGGCAUAGGGAAUAGGAGAAUUAAAAUUGAUGUAAAUACUAUAAAGUUCUUUUUCUUCAAAGUCUGAUAGAAAUUUGGAAGAAACCAAAUUUUAGAGUAGUGUAGGGUGUAGAAUUGUGCUCCAGUAGGAUAUUCUUUUGUUCAUUUGCUAUGCUCUGUGUAGCAAAGGAAGAGUAGACAGUUUGUUAAAAGACACACUGUGAAAUUGUAAGGCUGAUUUUUGCUUGGUUUUACUCAAGCAUCUUAGUAAUCACACUGUGAUUCAACAAAUAAUAAAUUUCAUCCCUAUUGACAAAAUGUUUAUUAUUCCCUGAAACAUAUUUUCAUGAGGAAAUAGUUUGGAUCCUAUAACAUACCAAAAGCCACUAGACUUAUGUGAGAAAAUUUGUGCCUAAAACCAAACACUAUCAUCUAGGCAGCUAAGUAAGACAUAUAGGUGAUCGAUAAGCAACCCCCAGCAACAUAUGUUGUUCAUUCAUUCAGUCAUGCCUGACUCUCUGUGAUACCAUGGACCAUAGCAUGCCAGGCUCUUCUAUCCUCCACUGUCUCCUGAAGUCUAUCCAAGCUUGUGUUUGUUGUUCCUAUGACACUAUCUUUCCAUCUCAUUUUCUGCUAUACCUUUUUCCUUUUGCCUUCAAUCUUUCCCAACAUACCUAUGGUAUAGAAAAAAUCACGUGCUAAGUUAAAUGGUGCUAACUAUUAGCUAUAUUGAAAAUUUCUCUUCCUGGCUCUGCUUCUGACUCACUUCCGACUUACUACCAUGACUUGACUGCCUUCUCAUCCUAAGACUUCUCUCAACACCCCCAGGCUUCUCACCCUGAAAUAUCUCUCUAAACAUACUGGCCUACUUCUCGUAUUAGAGAGUUCCUUCCAAGGGCCUCCAUUUUAGGGACAGGCCCAGACUGGCCAUUGUUUAUUUCCCUCCUGGUUGUGCGUCUGACUCUCUAAAUGUUACCACUAUGCUCCCGCAGGUAUCUUUUCCCAACUUCCCUUGCUCCUUGUCAGGUCCUUUUUUAUGUGUUGUUUUCUUUUCAUUAGAAUGUAAACUCCCUGAAGACAGGGACUAUUUUUCUUUUUGCUUGUAGUUGUAUUCCCAGCACUUAGCAUCAUGCACUUAGUACAUGUUUUUUGCCUACCUUGCUUA